CAGAGCGCUGCAGAGCUGGAGUUGAGUCCCCGGGAUCGCAGAGCCGGAGCCGGCUGGCAGCCUCUCUGCCUCUCGGGUCCGCACUCCUCCGACGGCUGCACCGCCGGGGCUGCGGAGCCCCGGGGCCAACCGCAUGACGCCCCGGGGAACCCACUGAGCGGUGGAUCCCGGCGCCGAGGGCGACACCAUGGCCCUGGAGCAGGCGCUGCAGGCAGCACGGCGGGGCGACCUGGACGUGCUGAGGUCCCUGCACGCCGCUGGCCUGCUGGGGCCUUCUCUGCGCGACCCGCUGGACGCCCUGCCGGUGCACCAUGCCGCCCGCUCAGGCAAGCUGCACUGUCUGCGCUACUUGGUGGAGGAGGUUGCCCUCCCAGCCGUGUCCCGCGCGCGCAACGGCGCUACACCAGCCCAUGACGCCGCCGCCACAGGCUACCUCUCUUGCCUGCAGUGGCUGCUCACACAGGGUGGCUGCAGGGUGCAGGAAAAAGAUAAUUCUGGUGCCACAGUCCUGCAUCUGGCUGCCCGUUUUGGCCAUCCGGACGUGGUGAACUGGCUGCUGUACCAAGGCGGUGCAAACUCUGCCAUCACCACAGACACGGGCGCCCUGCCUAUCCACUACGCUGCCGCCAAAGGAGACCUGCCCUCCAUGAAACUUCUCGUUGGGCAUUACCCUGAGGGAGUGAAUGCUCAAACCAACAACGGUGCCACGCCCCUGUACCUGGCGUGCCAGGAGGGCCACCUGGAAGUGACGAAGUACCUUGUGCAGGAAUGCAGUGCAGAUCCGCACCUGCGUGCCCAAGACGGCAUGACACCCCUGCAUGCCGCAGCGCAGAUGGGCCACAACCCAGUCCUGGUGUGGCUGGUGAGCUUUGCAGAGGUUAGCUUUUCGGAGCAGGACCACGACGGUGCCACGGCCAUGCACUUCGCUGCCAGUCGCGGCCACACCAAAGUGCUCAGCUGGCUCCUGCUGCACGGCGCAGAGAUCUCGCAGGACCUGUGGGGCGGGACCCCGCUGCAUGACGCUGCUGAGAACGGGGAACUGGAGUGCUGCCAGAUCCUCGCGGUGAACGGCGCGGGGCUGGACGUCCGCGACCACGAUGGGUACACCGCUGCCGACCUGGCUGAAUUCAAUGGCCACACCCACUGCGCCCGCUACCUGCGUACGGUGCAAACCCUGAGCUUGGAACACCGAGUCCUGUCCCGGGAUCCAUCCAUGGACCUAGAGGCAAAGCAGCCGGACUCCGGCAUGUCCUCGCCCAACACCACCAUGUCGGUCCAGCCGCUGACCUUUGACCUUGGCUCACCCACCAGCACACUCUCCAACUAUGACUCCUGCUCCUCCAGCCACUCCAGCAGCAAGGGUCAGCGCUCUACUCGAGGGGUUCCAGGUGCAAGAGCUGCAGACUUACAGAGCUACAUGGACAUGCUGAACCCGGAGUCGAGCUUGCCUCGGAGCAAGCUGGGGAAGCCAUCACCCCCACCUCCUCCACCUCCACCACCACCAAGCUUCCCACCACCACCACCGCCACCCCCAGGCACCCAGGUGCCCCCACCGCCACCAGGCUACCCAGCUCCCAGUCCCCCCGUGGGGCUGCAUUUGGAUAACAUUUACAUGCAGACCAAGAGCAAGCUCCGUCAUGUGGAGGUGGACUCGCUCAAGAAGGAGCCGAGCUCGGGCGACGACCACUCGGGGCUGCUCAGGCAGGACUCGGAGCUGCAGCUCAGGCAGGAUCCGGAGCUGCAGCUCAGGCAGGACUCGGAGCUGCGCAGGCACAACACCGGACUGCGCAGGCAGGACUCCGACCGCAAACAGCGCGCGUUCAGUAAACAGCCCAGCACGGGGGACUACUACCGCCAGCUGGGCCGCAGCCCGGGGGAGCCGCUGGCCGCACGCCCGGGCAUGGCCCACAGCGAGGAGGCGGCGCUGCUCCCCGGGAACCACGUGCACAACGGCUGCGCGGCGGACUCCAAAGCGUCCAGGGAGCUGCCGCCGCCCCCGCCGCCCCCGCCGCUGCCCGAGGCCCUGAGUUCGCCGCCACCCGCCCCACCUCUGCCCAUCGAGGGCGCGGGCGCAGCCUGCGGGCAGCGUCGUUCCUCGUCCUCCACUGGCAAAGUGAGAGUCCUGAGACACAGGAAGAGCACCAAAUCUUUCAACAUGAUGUCCCCAACGGGUGACAACUCAGAGCUGCUGGCGGAGAUAAAGGCGGGCAAGAGCCUGAAGCCCACGCCGCAGAGCAAGGGGCUGACGACAGUGUUCUCAGGCAGCGGGCAGCCAGCCUCACAGCCUGAGUCACCGCAGCCUCCGGUGUCACCUGUGCCCUCUCGGGCUCGGAGCCCCACCCCACCAGCCUCCGGGCCUCAGCCACUGCUCAAUGGCAGCAUAGUGCCAGCACCGCCUGCCACCCCGGCCCCGGGAGUCCAUCUGGACGUGGAGGCCCUCAUCCCGACACUUGAUGAGCAGGGCCGGCCCAUCCCGGAGUGGAAGCGCCAGGUGAUGGUCCGGAAGCUGCAGCAGAAGAUGCAGGAGGAAGAGGAACAGCGGAGGAAGGAGGAGGAGGAGGAGGCCCGGCUGGCCAGCCUGCCUGCCUGGAGACGAGACAUUCUUCGGAAGAAGCUGGAGGAAGAGAGGGAGCAGAAGCGAAAAGAGGAGGAGCGGCAAAAGCUGGAGGAGAUACAGAAGGCGAAAGAACAGUCGGAGAAGCUGCGGACACUCGGCUACGACGAGGCCAAGCUCGCACCCUGGCAGCGACAGGUCAUCUUGAAGAAGGGGGAGAUCCCUAAGUAAUAGGAGUCUCGGCCUUUUGCACGUAGCCUCACAAGUUCUGAGAGAUGGGGAGCGGUCCCCCAGCCCCCCGCCCCAUCCUGUCAGGUUGGCGCGGAAGGGCUGGGAGCCUCGCCGCUCUUCCCUUCGGUCGGUGCCGGAACCCUCCCUGUUCCCCUCCCUGGCCCCACAUCCCCAACCCUGCUGCUGGAGUGCUCUCGCAAACCCCUGCUGUUGCCUGGAAAAAGUGCCCAAGCUGCUGACGCAAAAAAAGAAAAAAAAAAAAAAGAAAGAAAGAAAGAAAAAAAAAGAUGCUGCUCGUUUGCAUGCUCACUUAACAUAUAUUUGCAUGUUCACCGACCCAGCGGAGCUCUCCCCAGCCUCGUGGGCGGUGACUUUUCCUGCAGGGGGCACGCCCUGCUGCAGCCCCCUCCCCCGCAGCCCGGAACCCACAUUGCCGGCGCAUCCUGGGUGGAGGCAGACCCCGAGCUCGGGGAAGGGGUUUUCCUCCCUUCGCGACCCAGAUCUGUGCUGGCCAAAGUCGCUGCGUUUCUCAUCCCCAGCGAGGGUUUCCUCUCAGUCAUUUGUUUACCAGAAAGGAUGAAACUUGCCUGUUGGGGCGGAGCUGUCGCUCCAGAGGGGCCUCACCUUUACAUGCCCCCCACCCCCGCCCUAAUUGGGGGUGCCUUCCAAGUCCCCAGCCAGGGCCUUAGCUCCCCUGACCCUUUCACUGCCCCAGUGGUGUAGUGGAGGGCCAGGGACCCUGCAACUGUACCCGCUCCACGCCCUACCCCCAUCCCCUUCCUUCCCCCAUUAAACCUCUAUCCGCCAACG